AUGGCGUGGAGUACCCCAAGUCCACAGGAAAUCAGCCCACAUUUUGUAUCCAUAUCUUUGCUAGCAGCAGCCUUACCGACCUGGACACAGCACGUUGCAAAAAUACAGCCAGUUGGGGCUUAUGUCUGGACCAGUAGUGGACUCAUUGAGGGUAUUCCUGCACCUGAGAGGUCCAAUGUUUCGGAAUAUCUGAGGAUUCCCUUUGCCGCAUCGCCAACGGGAGAUCUGCGAUUUGCACCGCCAGUAGCAUAUCAUUCUAACUCCGCGGUGCAUGCAAGCUAUAUCAGAGACUGCCCUGCUAAUAUCGCCCAAAAAGUUGUUCAAACGUUUGCCCAGCAGCUGGGCAAACCACAAAGCGAAGAUUGUCUGUACCUGAACAUGUGGGCCAAGCCUACGACGUCCAGCUUGAAGCCUGUGCUCGCCUUUAUCCAUGGUGAUCGAUUCUCACUGGGUGGUGCACAGAGCCCCUAUUAUGAUGGUCAGAUACUGGCUGAUGAGCAAGAAGUUGUGGUCGUAACUUUCAAUUACCGACUGAAUAUCUUCGGGUUCUCCGCCGCCCCCGGGUUCCCCCAGAAUGUAGCCCCCCUCGACCAACGUCUAGCAGUCGAAUGGGUCCAUAGCAACAUAGCAGCAUUCGGGGGAGACCCCUGCCGCAUCGCCAUGUUCGGGCAAUCAGCCGGUGGCGCCGCAGUCGACUACUACUCAUAUAUCUGGGGCAAUAAACCUCUCGUCAGCGGCCUCAUCUCCCACUCCGAAACAGCCCUCAGCUUCAAGCCCAACACGCCCCAAGAAUCAGCCAGCUACUUCCACCACGUUUCCCAUACCCUAGGCUGCGGAAGCACCACCACGAACACAACCUCCAUCAUCCAACGUCUGCGCCAACAACCGAACAAAUCGACCCUUAAAAAAGUCGCCAAAGUACCCCCCGCCCAGUUCCCCGUCCUCCCCCAACCUAUCUUCCACCCAACAGUGAACAACAUCACCAUAUUCAACAACUGCGCUGAGCACUCCGCCGCCGGAAACUUCAGCUCCAUCCCCUACCUCCUAACCGCCAACGCCAACAAAGCAGGCUACUACCGCGUCAGUGCCUACGUCACCAACACCUCCCACCCCGACUCCGUCUGGACACUCUUCAACCAAGCCGCCUUCGCCUGCCCUACAGGCAAAACAGCCUCUGACCGUGCCGCAGCAGGCAUCCCAGCCUGGCAAUCGCGCUACUUCGGCGACUGGGAUAACCUCCGCCUGUACUCGUCCAGUGGACUACCGAGUUCUGCGAAGGAGAUGGAGCUCGCGAGGUAUAUGGUUUCGGCGUGGGUUGCAUUUGCGUUUGUAACGGAGACGCUCGUGGGUCCUGUGUAUGGGGAUGAGGCCAAAGCUCGGUUCUUGUUGCCUUCGUUGUUUGAGCAGGAGAGUGCUAGUUUGGGGAGGGAGAUUGUUUAUUGGUUUGUGCUAUGGGGGCUUGGAUAUGUAUACACCGUUGCAAAAAUGGCCGACUUUUCAGAGUAUACGAACCCCAUUGAAGAAUGGCUUGAGUUGGAGAAAACCCUCCCGGAAUUCCCAAAGAACCUGACCAUAGACCAAAUGAAGACAGCGGCGAAUCAGGACCGCGAGGCAUCUGCUGCGAAAGCUAUGAUUGCUGAAGGUCUUGUGUCGCAGGUAUCGAUGCAAGACUACGAGAUCUCAACGCGGGAUGGAAAGACCAUAGAAGCUCGCAGCUAUCGGCCGUCAUCGGUGCCUGCUACGCAGCGACUGCCUGUUUUCAUCUACUUCCAUGGCGGCGGGUUUGUACUCGGUACCCUUAGGUCGGAGGAUGCAACUUGCUCUCGCAUCGUGGUUGACCGGGCGGCGGCGGGGUCCCCUGUGGUUGUCGUCAAUGUGAAUUAUCGCCAUACCCCCGAAUACAAGUAUCCAACCGCUUGGGAUGAUGCCGAGGAUUCCUUCCAUUGGGUUCAUGACCAUCUGGAUGAUAUUUACGGGGACGGAGAGAAUGUGGUGAUCGGUGGUAUCUCGGCAGGGGCCUAUCUGACGGCAUCUUUGACGCUCGCACAGAACACCGGCAAGGAUCUAUCGUUGGCUCAAAGACCUAAGGUCCGCGGCCAAGUGCUUAUGAUCCCGGCUCUUGUAACGGAGGAUUAUUAUGCAUCGCAACUCGCGAAACUUCGUGAUCCCUCCGUCUCGAGCUAUGUGCAAUGCGAGCAUGCACCCAUUCUCCCGGUCAGCAGAAUGCGCCUGUUUGGGAAGCUGCUGGACCCACCUGGUGGACCGGAGUUGGAAUUCGAUAGACGGAUCAAUCCGGGCCUUGCGACGCCGGAGGAAGUGAAAGGGUUGCCGGCUACGACGUUUGGAAUCGCGGGGAGAGAUCCUUUGCGGGAUGAAGGGUUGCUGUAUGCGAUGUUACUGAGCGAAAAUGGGUAA